GACGUAGCGAACAAUGGCAAGAACAAAGCAGACAGCCCGUAAGUCCACCGGAGGCAAAGCCCCCAGGAAGCAGCUGGCCACCAAGGCCGCCCGCAAGAGCGCCCCUGCCACCGGCGGCGUGAAGAAACCUCACCGUUACAGGCCCGGCACCGUGGCCCUCCGUGAGAUCCGCCGCUACCAGAAGUCUACCGAGCUGCUCAUCCGCAAGCUGCCCUUCCAGCGCCUGGUCAGGGAAAUCGCCCAGGAUUUCAAGACCGACCUCCGCUUCCAGAGCUCUGCCGUGAUGGCUCUUCAGGAGUCUAGUGAGGCUUACCUGGUCGGUCUGUUUGAAGAUACUAACCUGUGCGCCAUCCACGCCAAGAGAGUCACCAUCAUGCCCAAGGACAUCCAGCUGGCCCGCCGUAUCCGCGGAGAGAGAGCUUAAGCUUCAAUCUCCACAACCACAACGGCUCUUUUAAGAGCCACCACACUUUCUACUAAUGUCAUUCCUGCUUCAACAUUGCCACUCACAUUUUUGCAGAC